AUGGUGAGAGGCAGUGACAACACUGGCCCCGAGGAGGACGGAGUGCCUCAUGGCCCCGAGGAGGACGGAGUGCCUCAUGGCCCCGAGGAGGACGGAGUGCCUCAUGGCCCCGAGGAGGACGGAGUGCCUCAUGGCCCCGAGGAGGACGGAGUGCCUCAUGGCCCCGAGGAGGACGGAGUGCCUCAUGGCCCCGAGGAGGACGGAGUGCCUCAUGGCCCCGAGGAGGACGGAGUGCCUCAUGGCCCCGAGGAGGACGGAGUGCCUCAUGGUGCCUCAAUAAGCGAACUUAAAGGCACUAUAAACCCCCCACAUACAGCAACUCCGCUUACAGUGAACACCGUCAUAUAUUACCCACAACAAUCAUUUUCUCUUCAGGAACAGAACGUGUUGAACCAUGACCUCAACGGCCGACUAAUCACCUCAUUAAACUUAACAACAACUUGGUAG